GCUAUUUGCAAGUCGAGAGCCGCGCGAGACAGACGUGCGCCUGCAACCACGAUCGCCCCAGCAAAUUAAAGUGAAAUAAAAGUAAACAGAUAAAGCAAAGUGCAUUUGGCUAAUGGAAGUGGCAAGAGUCAAAGCCAAAGCCAGACGAUAUUUUCAAAAAAUAAAUGCUUGAAUAAUGCUUGUGCGUGUAUGAAUGUGUUUGGCAGUAAUUAGCACAACGAUGCUGACUGACCCACAUCGGGCUAAUUUAUAUUUCACUACAAAUGGGCAGGAUUCAGAAUUGAACUGAAGUGGACCCGGAUGCUCGGUUCUGGCCCAUUUGCAUAUGCAAAUAGUUCAAUCUGCAGGCGAUUGAGUGGCAAACAAUCCGUGCACGUGCCCAAAGUGUUAAACUGUGCCAAACAUAACCAGCAAACAGGCAAAAAGCCAGUGUUCAAAUAGCCCUGUUCGUGUAAUGCGUUUACGAGGCUGACCCGUGUGCUAGCCAAAAAUCAAUUACAAUAUAUUACACGAGCAUGCCAAACUAUUUGCGGUCGGCACCACAAAAACGCAUCUGAAAAACAAUGCACCAAUCCACCCUGACCGCCCCCUGGCUAUGCAAAUUAGCAAUUGCAGCGAUUUUGCUAGUGCUCCGGCAGAAUCUAAGCGUUGCCCUGCUGCUCAAGUGUCCGCUGCACCAGUUGCAGUUGCAGAAGAUCGUGGGUUUCCGCCCACCACUGGAGUAUCUCAAUGAGGGGAACCUGAUCCACGGCCCGGAAAUGGCGAGCUCCUUCAAGGAUCAGGAACUGCCGGCCAGCCAGGUGUGCUGGCGCAUCUGCAACGAGGAUCCCGACUGCAUUGCCUAUGUGCAUCUGCUGGACACGGACGAGUGCCAUGGCUACUCUUACUUCGAGCGAACCUCGCGAUACCUGGCCAUUUCGGGGGAACUGCCGCUGGUGGCCGACGGCGCGGCCGUGUUCUACGAAAAGACCUGCCUCCGAGUUCCCGAUGCGUGCCGAGGGCGUCUCUGGGCACUGACCAAAAUCCCCGGCAGCACGCUGGUCUUCCAGAGCAAGAAGACCAUUCCGACGCUGGUCACGCGGCGUGAGUGCGCCGAGCGCUGCUUCUUCGAAGCCCAAUUCAAAUGCCUCUCCGCCUCCUUUGCGCCAUCGUAUCGGAACAAUCGUGAGCGGUUCCGUGGCGAGUCGGGUCCUGGCCAGAGGCCCUCCCCCCGCCUGGGCAGGUGCAUGCUGAGCGACAGGGACAAGACCAUCCAGCCGGACGCCUUCCGGGCGGCUCCCUACGACGAGGAGUACAUGGAGAACCAGUGCCACGAGCGGGCCGUCGAGAGCGACAACUGCUCGUACGAGCUGUACGCCAACAGCAGCUUCAUCUACGCGGAGGCCAGGUACUUGGGACUCUCCCAGAAAGAGUGUCAGGCGCUGUGCUCGCACGAGACCAAGUUCUACUGCCAGGGCGUCUCCUUCCACUAUGUGAACCAGCUCUCGCCGUCCGAGUGCCUGCUCCACUCCGAGGACAUCGUGUCCCUGGGUCCACGCAGCCUGCAGCUCCGGGAUAACUCGGUCUACAUGCGGCGGGUCAAGUGCUUGGAUGUCAGGGUGUUUUGCACCCGCGAUGAGAUGUCCAUCAAGUACAACCCGAAGGACUGGUUCGCUGGAAAGAUCUAUGCCAGCAUGCACUCCAAGGACUGCCUGGCCCGCGGAUCCGGCAACGGCAGUGUCCUGCUGACGCUCCAGAUCGGCAGCGAGGCCAAGGAGAGCCGCUGUGGCAUCCUGCGCGCCUACGAAAUGACUCAGGCCUACCAAAGAACCUUCAUCUCUGCCCUGGUGGUCAUCCAGAACAACCCGAAUGUGCAGACCCAGGGCGACCGGCUCAUCAAGGUGGGAUGCAUCCAGAGCAACGCCACCGCCUCGCUGGGCGUUUCGGUGCGGGAUAGCAGCGUGGAUGCCUCGGAGCACGUGCCCAGUGCCAUUGCCCUGGAGUCCUCGUUGGAGUACGCCGAACACAUGUUCCCGCACGAGGGCGUCGUCCACUACAACAGCAGCACUGGCCCCAGUCCGUAUCCCAGCAUCUCGCUCCAGAUUAUGGAUCUGUCGCACCAGCACGAGACGAACGACGUACAAAUUGGCCAGAACCUUGAACUCCAGAUCGUGGCGGAGUACAGCCCGCAGCAGCUGGCCGAGCACACGGAGUUGCAGUUGGCACCGCUGCCGGACUUUCGUGCCAGCUCGCUGGUGGCCAAGACGGCGGACAACGAGAACUACGUGCUGCUGAUCGAUGAGCGCGGCUGUCCCACGGACGCCAGUGUGUUUCCGGCCCUGGAAAGGGUUCACUCGGCCACCAGGAGCAUGCUGCGCGCCCGCUUCCAUGCUUUCAAGUUCUCGGGCACCGCCAACGUGAGCUUCGACGUCAAGAUCCGCUUCUGCGUGGAGCGUUGCUCGCCCAGCAACUGUGCGAGUGCCUCCUGGCAGCGGAGAAGGCGGCAGGCGGAUCAGCCAGAUCGCAGACCGGAAGACCUGCGUGUCCAGAACCCAGUGUACAUCUCGACCGUGGUGGACGUGGCCCCGGAACAAGGCAAGCGGAACCAGUCCACUGCGCAAGAGGAACUGCCUCUCAACUACAACAUCCGGGUACAUGGUCCGGACCAGAGCAACGCCAACAGCUACCUGUACGGCGAGCGGGGAGUGCUGCUGAUAGCCGGCAUCGACGACCAGCUGCACCUGGAGAACGUCUGCAUCAACCAGAGCCUUCUGAUCGCACUGUUCAUCUUCUGGCUGAUCUGCCAGGUGGCCAUGCUCUUCGGCUGCGGCAUGGUGCUGCAGCGCUACCGCCGGCUGGCCAAGCUGGAGGACGAGCGCCGGCGGCUGCACGAGGAGUACCUGGAGGCUAGGAGGGUCCACUGGGCGGACCAGGGCGGAUACACACUCUAACAUUCGGCUGGGACACAAUGCGUACAAAAAGCAUCUUAAUUUAAUAAACCUAAACCUAUGCGAA